AUGCGGCCAGCUCCCAGUACGCUCUUGCGCCCCUACCGACUCGAUAACCUUUGUCGCCAAUGCAUCCGUCAAGCCUCUAGCGCCCCGCAGCGCGGCUCCGUCCUGUUGCCCUUGAUCCCCCGGCGCGACACCUCGACGACGGCAGCCAAGGCCGCACCCGUCGUUCGCCUUGGUGCGAGCUAUUUCUUAUCCAACAGCGUCCUCGAGCGCGCCAAUGUCCGGACUCGACCGCUGGGCAGCCGGAGCUCCUCGGCUUCCGCUGCUGCGCCCUCCUCAUCCUCCUCCACCGUGCGGUCCGAGCCGACGUCAACGCCCAUCGACGUGAACCACGAACUGCCACACCGUCGUCGCCAGGCUGCGAGACGUAAAGCCGCCGCCGAAGCCUCCUCCUCCUUCGCCGCUUCUCCUUCCACCCCCAACGUGCUUCUUCCUCAAGAUGCCUCCUCCGCCCUUACGACCGUCGCCGCCCGGCAGCCCGCCCACUCCGCCCGGCGGAUCUUCUCAACUCUUCUUUCCCUCUCGAAGCCCCGGCUCUCGGUCCUUGUGGUUCUCACAUCAAUGGCGACGUACGCCCUAUACCCCGUCCCCGGCUUCCUCUCGCCCGCCAUCACCGAGUCCCCCUCGCUCAGCCCGUUGACGCUGCUCUUCCUGACCACCGGCACCGCCUUGUGCUCCGCCUCGGCCAACUCCCUCAACAUGCUUUACGAGCCUGCGACCGACGCCAAGAUGUCUCGCACACGGAACCGCCCCUUGGUCAGGGGACUGCUCACCAAGCGGGCCGCCGUCCUCUUCGCCGUCGCGACAGCCGCGACCGGAGUGGGUGCGCUGUACUUCGGCGUCAACCCGACCGUCGCCUUCCUCGGGGGCGCAAACAUCGUCAUAUACGCCGGCAUGUACACCCCGAUGAAGGCUUUCAGCGCCGCCAACACGUGGCUCGGCGCCGUAGUCGGCGGCAUACCCCCCCUCAUGGGCUGGGCCGCCGCCGCGGGCGAGACCGCUUCGGGCGACGGCUCCUGGCGCGAGCUGCUUCUGGCCAGCGACGGCAGCUCCAUCGGCGGCUGGCUCAUGGCCGGGCUGCUCUUUGCCUGGCAGUUUCCGCACUUCAUGGCGCUGUCGUGGUCCAUCAGGGAGGAGUACAAGGCGGCGGGGCUCCGGAUGCUCGCCUGGACCAACCCAGCCCGCAACGCGCGCGUGGCGCUCCGUUACAGCAUCGCCUUCAUCCCCCUGUGCGUGGCGCUCUGCGCCGCGGGCGUUACGGAGUGGAGCUUCGCCGUGACGAGCCUGCCCGUCAACCUCUGGCUGACGCGGGAGGCCGUGCGGUUCUGGAAGUACGAGGGUCACAAGGGCUCGGCGAGGGGCCUGUUCUGGGCCAGUGUCUGGCAGCUGCCUGUCGUCAUGGUAUUGGCGCUGCUGCAGAAGAAGGGCAUGUGGGGCCGUGUGUGGGACAGCAUCAUGGGCGAAGACGAAGACGAGUGGGAGGAUGAAUUAGAUGAGAUGCCCGUCGCUGUGCCAACGUCGCGAGGUAGCUAA